GCGUUUUGGCGAAUGGGCUGAGUGACAGGAUAGCGGCCCAAUCGUCGCGCAGUAUCCGUGCGGCUGGGUGCCCAAUGUGGGAAACGGCAGUGGAGCGGGCUCUGGCUGGCUGCUGCCGCUGCUGCUGGGAGGGUUUGUUCACGGAGGCUGCCUGUGCUUGAGUCCAGGGCCGGGGAAAGGGGGGGCGGGAGCUGCACCUUUCUGUCUGCAUACUAAAUAUCCCUGGACUGGAGACGAGCUUGUAAGCAGGGACAUGCUAGCAUGGAUGAGCCACUCUGACGUCCAGGGCUGAGGGAUUAAAUGCCCUGGUGGACAGGAGCAGGAGUCUAGCUCUACAGAUUCCACGUCAUUUCGCCUGGGCGGAGGGUUGACUUUUCCAUGCACUGGGAACUUCCUUUCCCUCAGCCAUGCAGGAGUCUCCUAAGCUGGCUGGCUGCCUUCUAAAGUGGGAUCUGCUGCUGCUGCUGCUGUCUCGGCUGAGUACUGCUGGACUACAGCCUGUGUUUUGCAACCUCUGCCCCCCUAUGCCUACCACCUCGUAAGGCUGUUUGGAAUAAUACAGAGAAGACGCCUCUUUUUGCUUUGUAUCCUCAGCUGCUUUGGUCUGUUCCCUGAUCAUGGCUUCAGUGUGGAAGAGACUGCAGCGUGUGGGCAAGCAUGCAUCCAAGUUUCAGUUUGUGGCAUCCUAUCAGGAGCUGAUGGUGGAAUGCUCUAAGAAAUGGCAGCCCGACAAAUUGGUUGUAGUGUGGACUAGGAGGAGCCGUCGGAAAUCAUCCAAGGCACAUAGCUGGCAACCUGGGAUAAAAAACCCUUACCGCGGGGUGGUGGUGUGGCCUGUUCCCGAGAAUGUUGAAAUCACUGUGACCCUAUUCAAGGACCCUCAUGCAGAAGAGUUUGAAGACAAAGAAUGGACAUUUGUAAUAGAAAAUGAAUCUCCUUCUGGUCGUCGAAAAGCUCUUGCAACAAGCAACAUCAACAUGAAGCAAUACGCAAGCCCCAUGCCUACACAAACUGAUGUCAAGUUAAAGUUCAAACCCCUGUCAAAGAAAGUUGUGUUGGCCACUCUGCAGUUCUCCUUAUCUUGCAUAUUUCUCAGAGAGGGCAAAGCUACUGAUGAAGACAUGCAAAGCCUUGCCAGUUUGAUGAGUAUGAAGCAAGCCGACAUUGGAAAUCUGGACGACUUUGAAGAGGAUAACGAAGAUGAUGAAGAGAACAGAGUCAACCAAGAAGAAAAGACCGCUAAAAUCACAGAAAUUGUAAACCAAUUGAAUGCCUUGAGCAACUUACAUGAAGAUCAGGAUGACUCCCUAAAGCGAGCACACAUGCCUUCAGCUAAAUCUUCCAGUCCUAAUGAAGAACUCAUAAACAAGUUAAAUUUUCUCGAUGAAGAGGAUCAAGAUUUAAUGAACUCCAGGUCGCUUCCCUUCGAAACUACUGAUGCAACGGAGCUAAACCCGUUUGGAGAUCCAGAUGCCAAAGAAACCCCUGUAGAGAAAACCAAGGUUGAAGCAUUCUUUGAUGACUACAACCCAUUUAAGGACCCUGAGCCCUCAACCUAUUUAAACCCAUUUGAUGAGCCAGAUACAGGGCCUGAAGUGGUUAUUGAACUUCAUAAAGAAUCUCCACCACAGCCAGCAAAGAGGAAGAAUGCCAGACCUGUGGACAUGACCAAAUACCUCUACGCUAACAAAGCCAGACGGCAGGAAGAGGAUGAUCUUGAUGAAUCAAACCCAUUUUAUGAACCAAAAGAGAGUCCAGAAAUAAGCCGGAACAUGGCUAUAAAGGAGUCCGAACAGGAGAAGAGGAUGAAAAGGAAAGCACCAGCUCCUCCGGCAACCACACCAAAGAAGGAUGCUGCUGCAAGCUCCCCACUUUCUAUACUGCAAGCAAAGGACCUCGCCUCCUCUCCCAAGCCAAGCCCAUUACCGAGUCCGACUCUAGGGAGACAACCCAACGCUAGCCAGUCACUGCUCACAUGGUGCAAAGAAGUGACGAAAACAUACAGAGGAGUAAAAAUAACCAAUUUCACUACUUCAUGGAGGAACGGGUUGGCAUUUUGUGCAAUAUUAAACUACUUUAGACCUGACUUAAUUGACUACAAGUCCCUCAACCCCCAAGAUAUUAAAGAAAACAACAAAAAGGCUUAUGAUGGCUUUGCCAGUAUAGGAAUAUCUCGAUUGCUAGAGCCAUCAGACAUGGUUUUACUAGCAAUUCCGGACAAGCUGACCGUUAUGACCUACCUGUAUCAAAUCCGGGCACAUUUUAGUGGACAGGAACUAAAUGUGGUUCAGAUUGAGGAGAACAGUAGUAGAAGCACAUAUAAAGUGGGCAACUAUGAAACUGACACGAAUAGCUCCAUUGACCAGGAGAAGUUUUAUGCAGAACUUAGUGAUCUAAAUCAGGAAGCAGCACCUGAACAACUAGAGGCCGCAGCCACUGUGCCAGAUUGUCUAUCCCAAGAUAGCUCUGUGUUAGCUAGGGACAAUGGGAUAAGGGACCUUGAGGAUAAAUCCCAAGAUGUAACUGAGCAAUCUAAAACUGAAACGGACUUCCCUACGCCCAGGACUAGAAGUCACCUACAAUUACAAAGCUCCAGUAGGACUUUUGAACCUGAUGAACAGAGGAAAUGGGAUGGUACAUAUACAACUCGCCCGCAAGCACUGCCAGUAGCUGCUAAACGGAAGUUGCUAAAACCGGAUGUUGCGGAUCUCAGUGAUUUGUCUCGCAUCUCAGAACCUUGUAAGGAAGCUACACCUGGCGGAACUCUGUCUGGGGACUCUUAUAGGCAUGGUUUACCAGAGCAAGCAAAGCCCAGCCUAACCUCCCCAUUAGAAUGUAGAGGCUUGGACAAUGGUGCCCACGAAAAAACUACUGUUUUCCAUACCACAAAAUUUGGUGACUCUUAUGAAAAAGUUGGCGAUGUCUUUAAAAGCCCAUCUGUUCCACAGACUGGGAUCAGUGCCCUUCUGGAUGCUACAAAGUCUGUGUCUAACCAUACUGAUCAAACUGGAAAAACACCUGAGCAACGAAUGCUGUCCCGGCAGGAGGAGCUGAAGGAGCGGGCCCGAUUAUUGCUGGAGCAGGCCAGGAGAGACGCCGCUCUGAAAGCCGGAAACAAGCAGAGGAAUAACACCGUGGCGUCUACCCGUGCCAGGCAGCUAAGUGAUCAGCAAGAUGAAGAGCGGCGCCGGCAGCUGAGAGAGCGAGCGCGUCAACUCAUAGCAGAAGCUCGAUCUGGAGUGAAGAUGUCAGAACUUCCCAGCUACAGCGAGGUGUCUGCGGAAAAGUUGAAAGAAAGGGCAAAGACAUCUGUAGAUGCCGAUGAUUAUAACAAAGCACUUACUAACGAGGACAGUCCUGAUUGCUCCCUUGUAUGUGGUGGAGGUGGUGAGGCUACUAACCUAGACACUGAUUUUACUGCCGGACAAAACACUAACUCAGUGGACGUCAAGUUGAAGAGACUUCUGGAGUCUCAGCCACAGGUGGCAAACUCUCUGUCUAAUGCUGCUCAGAGGACAUCACCAGAAGCCUCCGACAGAGACUUCAAGAAUGGUACUGAAGAGCCUGCUGCAGACAGACAUCACAAACCUUUGGAUCGCUUCAAGAAUCCUGUUGUGAUCAACAAAGAUUUAACAGUCAGGAAAAUCGAAUUAGAGUCAUACAGUCAAUGGGUGGAAACCUGGCCAGACAUCAAAAGGCAGAGAUCAAUGCAAGAAGACACAAAAAGAGGGAAUGAAGGAGCUGUGAUAACCGAAACCCAGAAGAAACCAUCAGAAGAUGAAGUGCUAAAUAAAGGGUUCAAAGACACCAGUCAGUAUGUAGUAGGAGAAUUGGCAGCCCUAGAGAAUGAGCAGAAUCAAAUUGACACCCGUGCCGCGCUGGUGGAGAACCGCCUCCGCUAUCUCAUGGACACAGGCCUAUAUACAGAAGAAGAGGAAACAUUGAUGCAAGAGUGGUUCAUGCUUGUGAACAAGAAAAAUGCCCUCAUUCGGAGGAUGAACCAACUUUCUCUUCUGGAAAAAGAACAUGACCUAGAGAGGCGAUUUGAGCUACUGAACAGAGAGUUACGAGCAAUGCUUGCGAUAGAAGACUGGCAGAAAACCGAAGCGCAGAAGAGACGGGAGCAGCUUUUACUUGAUGAACUGGUUAUCCUGGUUAACAAGCGUGAUGCUUUGGUCAGAGACUUGGAUGCCCAAGAAAAGGAGGCUGAAGAAGAGGAGGAACAUUUGGAAAGGACUCUAGAGCAAAACAAAGGCAAGAUGAGCAAGAAAGAAGAAAAAUGUGUUAUCCAGUGAUCACCGCUGCCUGGGGAGGACUCUCGUAAAGACCUUAAUUCCAUAUGCACCUUGGUUUCAAUAUGUGACCGGAGGCCCUAUAGAGACUGUACUGAAAACAUAGAAGGAUCUCCUGAAUAAAUGUCAACAGUUUUGUUUUAUAGUAUUUUGUUUCAUGCUCUACAGUUUAUGAUUUUAACUCAAUUUUACUGUUGGCUAAGACAGCAGAAGCAUUUCCCUGUUUAAUCGUUGUGGCACUGACUGGGUGACAGAAAUGCUUUUAUCAGCCCUGUCCUGUGUCCCGGAAUCCGUUGUAGGCACUAAUACUGGGCACACAUAGAGACUGCGACCUGGCGCCCAUUGGUUACAGGGGAUUCGGACUGCCACUGUUGUAGACACUAAAGCUGGGUGCACGCAGAUAUUGCGGCCUGGCGGGCUACCUAUUACAUGGGCUAUGGACUGCUGCAUACAGAUUUUCUUCCAUUGCCGGCUGCGUAACAAGUUAUUAUAGUGGGAAGAGACAUAACUGCAGCUGAUUAUUGUUUUUAUUGAGCUAUACUGGAGAGAUACUGUGUGCAAUCUCCACCAAUGUUUCCAUCUACUCCUGCCAUUUUGUAAUUCUAUGUAAGCUACAUUUUAAUUUGAAUGGUUUACAUUCAAUGCUAUAUUUACAAGUGUUUAUUUUUGAGCAGCUAUUUUACAUCUUAUUCCCACAAAUGAUGAUAGAAAUAAAAUACUUUGUGUGCUCUGCCGGAGAACUGACACCUGUGUCAUGGCUGCCCCAGAGGCUGCAACACCAACACUGCAGUUUACAUUUCUCAGUCAGAGGCGUAACCGUUUGUAGGAGAAAUAUAUUUAUUUCAUGCUUUUAACUACAUCUGAACUUAUACAUUAGCUUAUGAUGCUAUUUAUUUCUGCAAAGAAAUGUCUGUCAUACUACAUUGUACCGGUAUGAUCUCUACUGUGUCCUGUCAGAGUAUACAUUCUGUCAUGUUGGUGCAACUGUUUAUUUAUUACAAUACUGUCUCAUACAAUUUUAAAUAAAAGCAAAAUAUUUCUUACCGUA